ACCAAACACAAAACCAUUCAACCUGUAUUCAAAAAACUGUGGAUGGGAUCAGGUCUCUCUCACAACCACCGGAGCAGCGUCGCGCCUCAGCAGCAGCCGUCGUCGGCCCGCGUCAUCGCCGCCGACGGCUCGCUGACGGAGUUCGCCACCUCCUCCUCCUCCCCCACCAGCGUCUCCGACGUCCUCGGCGCGGGCAAUGCGGGCGCGGGCGGCCCCUUCUUCCUGUGCAGCUCUGACGCGCUCUACUUUGGCGAGGACGUGCCGGCGCUCGGCGGCGGCGAGCUGCUCCGUCCCGGCCAGAUAUACUUCGUGCUCCCCCAGGCGAUGCUCGGACGGGCCCUGUCGAGCGCCGACAUGGCGGCCAUGGCGGUCCGCGCGAGCGGGGCGCUUGCGGCGAGGGCGCGGCCGCGUGGGCCCGCCGCCAGCACCAGGAAGGUGCGCGCCACGCCGGUGCACGCCGAGAGCGGCCGUGGCGACGUGGACGCCCGGGUCAACGCGAAGCUGAACGAGAGGACUCUCGGGGAGUACUCUGUGAAAGCCUCUGGUAGUCCGGCGAGAACUGGCAAGACGGCUGUCGUGGUGGCGUUUACGCCGGCGAAGAAGCCGCUCAAGCCGCUCAGCACCAUCCAAGAGGAUGCCGAAUGACGCAAUGCCAUAAGAACAUCGCCAAGCUACGCCGAGCGACAAAAUGGAAGGAAAUUACAUGUUUUUUUAGGUGAAAAUUACAAGAUUUUGUUAUAUAGGAUUUUUUGUCAUUUUUCUCAUCGUAACAAUUUUAUUGAAACAGU